CUUAACCGAAUGUAAAAUGUUUUGGAUUAUGACAUUUAUCGCUCUAACGACCGGCUUUGGGGGAUCUUUGUUGAACAUUGAACAUGGAAACUCGAUGCUUUUUAAAAAAAAUGCUUUUUAAAAUGACUUGUGCGAAGGCGCACCAAACUGGAGCCCAUGUAACUCUGGAUUGUCGGUGGAAGUUGUGAUGACUUUUCUCGAACUUUUUUUCUUUUAACUAAGGAGAACUUCCUGGAGUCCGAGGUGAAGGCAGACCCUUUGUCGCUCACCAUCCUUUGCCACCAUGGGAAACCUCUCCAGCAAAGAUGGCCAUGGAUCUCCUGGUCCCCCGCUGGAUAUGUUCCACACACCACCUGCCUCCCCAGUCACUCCUCCACCCACCUGUACGUCAGGCCAGCUUCAUUUUGCUUCCCCACUGCAUGGGUCAACCCCAGAGGGCAAGGGUCGGACACACAAGGAUACCAGGGAUGUCCCAGUCAUCAGCUCUUCUGGCAACCUGGACGUUACAGGCUCCCCCAAUACCAGCCAGGAGUGGGCUGUGAUAACCUCAGGAUCCAGUCCAUCACCAGUUAAAGCAGGAAUAGUCCCGUCAGUCAAAAGGGAGACUUUUGGAUGUAGUGAGCCCAAGGCCUCCUCUUCCAGCAGUAGCAGUACUGUUCUUCUGUCAUCAGCAAGGACACCUUGUUCACCGGUGAAGCCCACUGAUCAGACUUACCAGGAGAAGGAUAGCGGGCUUGGGCCAUCUCUCACUGAGACAACCAGUGGGCCAGGAAGCCCAUGUGUAGAGGAGAACCUUCUAGAACAGUGCUGGAAAGCAUUGGGACACAAAUCAUCAAUUGACCCAACGCCUAGCCUGCCUGAUCUACUGCAAGGCUUCCUAACUGAGCGGGAGCAGCUGGUGGAGGAGUUGCAAAUCCUGAGGGAGAGCAUUCAGAUGGAGCGGGGGGAGUGGCAGCAGUUCCAGGCCGACCUGCAGGUGGCCGUCGCCGUGGCCGACCGGCUGCGGGCAGAAGCCGAGGAGGAGCUUAGCGUGCUCAGAGAGACCCAGCAGGACUGGCAGAGGCAGCUGGCCGAUGCCCAUAUGGGACGGAAGGAGGCAGUGGGCCGCCUCAAGCCCCUCAGUGCCCAGCUGGAAGAGAGCCAGCAGAGGCUGGCCACCCUGAUGCAGACCCAGACUCCGACCCAGACUCCGACCCAGACUCCGACCCAGACUCCGACCCAGACUCCGACUCCGACUCCGACUCCAACUCAGAGCGCCCACGUCGGAGGGUCCCAGGAUCACACCCAGACGCAGCCCCUCAGGGGCCGGGAGAGGAGCGCCAGCGGUAAGGGGGUGGCGGAAGGGUACCUGAAGAGCUUGGCGACGGAGAGGAGGAGAGAACAGCCUCGCAGAAGUGUACCCUCGGAAAGAUCCAGGAGCCUUUCGAGACUUCCUGUGUCUUCGGACUCCCCCGCCGUACUAAAUGGUACUUCCCAGACAACCACCUCAACAGGACCCAUCAGUAAAGGCAUGGCUCAAGUCCGGGGAAGGAGGGGUCAAGACAAGCAGGAUAACUUGAAUAACAAUCAUUCAGGCAAACAAGAAGAGUCAAAUCGCCUGCCUAUAUCUGACCUCACAGACUCUUUCACUGUCAGUACUAGUAAAAGCAGUCACAGCAGGCCUCAGGAUGACUUCAACCGGCUGCUGCGUCGUCAUGGUGGUUCCAAGAGGAACUCGCUGCUGCGCUGGUGUCAGAGUCGCACCCAGGGCUACAAGAACAUUGAAAUCACCAACUUCAGCAGCAGCUGGGCGGAUGGCCUGGCGUUCUGUGCCAUGUACCACACCUACCUCCCGUCGCACAUUCCAUACACUGGCCUCAGCCAAGACAACAAGAGGGAGAACCUCACCCUUGCAUUCCAGACUGGGGAGGGUGUUGGAAUCACAGCCUCGCUUACAGUGGAUGAGAUGCUGAGAGUCGAUGGCCCUGACUGGCAAAGGGUUUUGGGGUACGUGGAGAGCAUAUACCGGCACUUCGAGAUGUGAUGCCUCUGCCUGUGCCAAGAUGUCUCCAAGAAGCACCAGGUGUUUGGAGGCUUCCCCCUCCUGAACGUUGCCAUAUCACUGAUCAGGACGACUACUGAGGCAUGGAUGACUUGAUGAGAGAGAAAUGGACAGGACUGGUGCGAGACCUUUGUUUGGUUCGCCCCCUCUUGGUUGUAUGUUGGAGCUACUUGUUUGAAGGGACGAGCUACAGUGUUUGGACAAUACUACUACAUGACCCGAAGGAUGUCUGAUUCCCCCUGGAGUGAUUUUUUUCAACUUGGUCUGUGUAAGAAGAGAAGACUGUUGGCCUGCUUUAUGUGUUUGGUAUGUGACGUACUGUGGUAAAUAGUAACGAGAUUUAAAAAAAAGAAAAAAAUAUA